GCGGGGAUCUUGUGUCUGUGCUGCUGUUAAUGCAGAAGGGCGCUGUGAAUGCACAUUGAUAUUAAGGGCAAAUGUCCUGGGCAAAUCUAUGAUUAACAAGAGAGGGCCUUGUGCGAAUUACUGAUGGUUCCUCUUUGUAACAAGCUUUGUGUGAUCUCGGAGAGCCCCGAUCAUCAGUUGUGAGUGAACACAAAAGGAUUUCCAGAUCAUCUGCCGGGCUUGAUUUCUUUCAAACUUGAAUCAAGAUGAGCGUUAACUUUAGUUCGUUUGUGGCGAUUGGAGUGAGCUUCUUCGGGAUAUUCCUUUUCUCGCUUGUACUGUGCCUGUGCUGCCCCUGCUGCCUACUCUACAAACUCGCACGCAGAGGUCGUCAGCCUGUUGUUACAAGUUCCACCACGACCACAGUGGUGCAGCAGGCAUACCCGCAGCAUCAACCGGUACCGGCACAAGGAUUCGUCCCGUACCAGGGGUACAGCGCUAUGCCAGUGCAGCCGGGACCCGCUGCAGGCGUUCCCUACCCCGCAGGUGCUGCCUAUCCACCGCCAUAUCCAACCCCGUACUCCGGGCAACCCCCUUCGUAUCAAGACACUGUGGCAACCGGUGCAGGCGCACCUUAUCCCGUCGCCCAGCCAGUGUACAACCCAGGCGUGCAGCCAGCGUACAACCCCGCAGCACAGCCAGCGUACAACCCAGCAGCGCAACCUCCGUACAACCCCGCCGCGCAAGCUCCGUACCACCCAUCCGCUCCGUACAACCCAUCCGCACAGCCACCUUACAACCCCUCCUACGGACCUCCGGAGAAGCCACACUAAUGACCAGUGCAUUUACUGAGUUACUGAACUCUGUCACUAUUUUGUACGAGUUUAAUGCUGGAGAUGGAUUACGUUGUAAACCUUUCAUGUGUUAACUGAAGUUACUUAUGUUUAAAAGAGUUUAUUUCCCAGACCUCACCACUUCCUCAUUUUUAAGUCCUUUAUUAAGAAGAUGUGAAGUCAUUUUUAAGUGCAAAUCUUACGUUUGAUUAUCUUGUAUUUUCAAUUUUUUUUGGUUAAUCUGGAAGCAGCAUAGCUUUAUAUUAUAUUGAAUAAAAUAAAAGAUGCUUUACUUUCUCUUGCAUUGGUAAAAUAGGUCUUUUGAUAUCUGCCUAAGUUCCCCUUCUGUGAAGGCUACCACUGUCACCGCUUGCCAUUAAUGAAAGGUUAUCCAUUUCCACGUGUGUCUCCCCUCGAACCACUUAUGCAUCCGUUUUCUAAAAGGGAAAAUGAUUCUGUCCAGUUUUUGCUGUUCCUUAUUUGAGUUAGUCAUCGGGAAGCUGAAAGCUGGUACAAGCUGUGGGCCUGGAGUUGUCUCUGUAAACCAUUUCUUCCCCUGAUGUCAACACCAUUUGGGCAGUUCUGUUUUUAUACGAAACACAGUGGAAGAGAAGCUGAAUCCAUGAAAAUGUCCUUUUCUCCCCUCCCCCCAAUAUCUCCCCAAUCUUCAGGCUAACACCGUGUUUUAAUCAAGGAUUGGGAUUUAUCUGUGAGCUUCUCUGCUUAUCCCAUCACUGGGUCGUGGGUAGUAACGGCUGAUUGUCCACCCAGGCAAAAUGAUUCCAAACAUCUGGGCCAAAGUGUCCUGGGGUUGUGCAGAAGUGACCCACUGGCCUCGCAAUGCCAGAAACCCGCUUUCAACCCUGACCUUGAGUGCUGCCUGUGUGGAGUCUGCAGGUCCUCCCUGUGACUGCAUGGGAUACCUCCCUGUGCUCUGGUUUCCUCCCACGUCCCAAUGACAUGUUGGUUGGUAAGCUAAAUGGCCGCUCUAUAAGUUGUCCUCGUGAGUAGGUGAGUUGUAGAAUUGGGAGGGGGGGGUUUGAUAAGAAUCUCGGGCGAAUAAAUAUUGCAAUUAGUGUAAAUGAGCAUUGAAGGUCGGCGUGGACUCAAUGGUCCAAAGGGCCUUUUUAAUAUCUCUCUCUAUGACUCUGCCAAGGCACAUAUAGGCAUAGUGCUAUUGGCUGAAUAUUAUGAAGGUAAAAAACUUACUGUGGUUCAUAUAGUAUCUGUUGCAUCGCCCAGCGCAGUGGGAUGAAUAGUGCCAAGUUUUUAGUCUAGUUUCUUCAACCCGUGGAGUAGGGUGAAAUUAAAAGGUCAUGGCAGCAAAGAUUCACUAGGAUGGUGGGUUUGAGUAAUAAGAAGAGAGAAGCCGACUGGGACGGUAUUUUCUGGAAUUUAGGAGAUUUUGUGGAAAAUUUACAUUCUUAAGUGAGUUUGCUGUACCUCUCUUGGACUCUCUGACUUGGCAAGCUGCAUGCUCUAUUUCAGGAACAAGGAGUGUUCCUAUUUUAAGGACUGUGAUGAAGAGAAUUUGGCCAUCCGGCCCAUUGAGUCUACUCUGCCAUUCAAUCAUGGCCGAUCUCUGCAUAGUAAUCCCAUUUUCCUGCCUUCUCCCCAUAGCCCUUGACACCCGCUCUAAUCAAGAAUUUGUCUAUCUGGGCCUUAAACAUAUCACUGGCCAUCUUAACACCCCCCCACCCCACUUGAGAAUAUAGGAACAUUAGAAAUUCGAACUGCAACAGGCCAUCCUGCCCUUCGAGGCUGUUCCUUUAUUAUUUAAGAUCACAGUUGAUUAUUCACCGUGGUGACAUCCCAAAAUUAUCCCCCUUACCCCCCCCCCCCCCCUAUCAACAAGCAGAAAUUCAUCAUUGUGCUUUGAGGGACUACGUGACUGAACCUCCAGUCAUUUGGGGUGGGGAAUCCCAGAUGUUUACCAUUGCCGGAUGGCCUAAUUCUACUCCUAUAACUGGUGAGAUCAAAGAGAAUUGGAGCAAAAAGGAUCAUUGUGAAUCAAUGGGAACAGCAUUAAUUAUUGUCACCAUUCAUGUCUUUUAUAUUCUUGUUAUAAAGCAGAAUGCUUGAGGUUUUUGCUGCUGUGUUUAUGUGAAUGAAUGGAGCUGCUUCAGUCAAGUCAGUUUGGAGACUGAGAAACAAUGUCGUAAAGAAGUUGUGUGCCGUACAUAUACAGGGGAAUCAUGCCAUUGUCUUGUUUACGCUGUCACUUGAAAUAACCUUUUUCCUUUGCCCAACUUUAACCAAAGACUUUUAUCUUUGUGCUCUGUAAUAACAUUUUAGCUAUUGUCUGAGGGCUUUUUGUGGUUCAGUUCAUUGAAUCGAGAUUUGUAUAUCAUCAGGAUUAUCAAAGUAAUUCAGAAGCCGUAUUGUUGGAAAAAUGUUCAUUACAUGUUCAAGUACUAGAAAUUGUACUGUAAAAUAAAAUGCAUGCAAUAUCAAAA